CAGGCCUCCCUGUCUUUCUGCAGGGACUGGAGAGGCUGGGAUUUCCCUGGGAUCCCUGGACCUGCCCAGGUCCAGCCCCCGCCCAGAGCUGACAGGGGAGGGAGCUCGCCGAGCUGACAGAAGAGAGGAAAUUCCCCUGGAACCUGUUUCUCUGCUUCCUGGCUCAGCUGGGGCACCCACUGGAGGGAGAGGCCGGGCCAAAGACCAAGGCUGGCCAUGGCCAUGGCCUCAGCCCUGAGCCCACCCCGGAUCCCCAAGCCCAAGGGCGCCCUGCCCUCACACUACCACGAGAGCUUUCUGGAGAAGAAGGGACCCCGAGACCGGGAUUACAAGAAGUUCUGGGCAGGCCUCCAGGGCCUGACUCUCUAUUUCUACAAUAGCAAUCGGGACUCCCAGCAUGUGGAGAAGCUUGACCUAGGGGCGUUUGUGAAGCUCACAGAUGAGGCUCCCUGGGGGAGCUCCCAUGAUCCUGGCACCCACUUUUGCUUGGUCCUGCGGAACCAGGAGAUCAAGUUCAAGGUAGAGAGCCUGGAGUCUCGGGAAAGGUGGAAAGGUUUCAUCCUGACGGUGGUGGAGCUCCGUGUGCCGUCCAACCUGACCCUGCUGCCCGGACACCUGUACAUGAUGGCCGAGGCCCUGGCCAAAGAGGAAGCACGCCGUGCGCUCGAGAUGCCCUCGUGCUUCCUGAAGGUGAGUCGGCUGGAGGCGCAAUUGCUCCUGGAGCGCUAUCCCGAGUGCGGGAACCUAUUGCUGCGGCCCAGCGGAGACGGCACCGGCGCCUUGUCGGUCACUACACGCCAGACGCUCAACGGGACUCCGGUGGUCCGGCACUACAAGGUGAAGCGCGAGGGCCUCAAGUACGUGAUCGAUGUGGAGGAGCCGUUCUCCUGCACCUCAAUCGAUGCAGUAGUCAACUAUUUCGUGUCGCAUACCAAUAAGGCUCUGGUGCCCUUCCUGCUGGAUGAGGACUAUGAGAAAGUGAUAGGCUACGUGGAGGCGGAUAAAGAGAAUGGCGAAAGUGUGUGGGUGGCGCCCUCGGCCUCCUCUGCCUCCUUGGUCCCCGGCCCAGGUCCUGCACCCCCCAAAGGUGGCCCUAAGCAGCUGCCUCCCAUGCCUGUGUCCAGCCAGGACAAGCUGCCCCCGCUCCUGCACCAGGACGAGAACUAUGUGAUCCCCAUUGGAGACACUCCAGCUGCAAACUACAUGAAUGAGGACGUGCCUUCCCCUAGUCGGCCAGUUGUUCUGAAGCCCAAGAAGCUGGCCAAGUUUCAGGCAAAGCCUCCAAAACCGCCCAGUGUGCCCAGGCCAGGUAGGGGGGGGUCCCCUCCUCCCAGUCCCUCCCCCAUCCAGUGGAAGGCCAGCCUCAGCCUUCAUCUGUCUUCUCCUUCAGAGCCCAAAGUCCUCCACAGUGGCCUGGCCAGGAAGCUGGCAGUCAGCUCAGCACAGGCUUUCUUCCCCACAACAGGGUUGGCAGACGUGACAGCAGAGCUGGAAGAGAAACUGCAGAGGAGGCGGGCACUGGAGGAGGCAGCUGGGCGCACGGGGGACCAGCAGGCCAGUCUCCAAGCAUGGCACCACAGCCAGACAGAUCCCUCCUCUAAGAAUUAAAACCCAAGUCACCACAGUG